GUUUGACGUCCCAGGACUUUGAACCGGAAGAAGGAAUGUAAACACAAUAGUUGAUCUUGAGAAGAAGCGACAAUAUGUGGUUCUCCCGCUGUAGUGUUAUUAAAAUAGUAGCUCGUAGUCGUUUUUUUAAAUAAACGAUGUAAUCUAAUUGCAAAGAUUAAGUGAUACGCUUAUUUAUUCGACGACCUCCGUGUGUCGACAACAGGCAACAUACAUGGAUAGCUUGCCAGCUAGGUGCUAGCUAGCAUUAGCUAAACGGCUAGUCUCACUGCGCUAACAAUUUAGCGUUAAUUAGCAACCAGCACCAAUGCCUCAAGAGGGAGAGCAGUCUCUUCCCCUGGUCCGCUCCCUGAACAGUCGAGUACCCAUUCAUGCGGUCUUUUGUAACCGCAGUCCCCGUGUCGUACGACCACUGUGGAUAGAUUUCCGCGGGGAACCUCAGGCAUACGAUGACUUGCAGCCAGGGACAGGGCGAAAAAUUAACACCUUCGUCGGUCACCCAUGGAUGUUCAGAGAUGCAGAGACUGAUGAGCCACUGAGGGUGAACAGCAAAGAACUGUUUCUUCCUAAACCAGCAGAGGGUGGAAAUGCUACAUUUGCUAAUAUCACUUUACCAGUUUACAGCCUCAAGGAUCGUGCACUUCAGGUUAUUCGGUGUCUGGUACGACCAGAAGACUACAGGAGCUUGGAAAUAGCACGGUGUCUUCAUGAGGAGCUGGAAGAUCAGCCCAGUGUGUUGAAAGAUCUGCACCGCAUGAACCAGCGAGUAGAGCAGCAUUUGCUGGAGAGCAUUCAAAGCCAGGAGGAAUGACGCAUGCAGCUGGAUGGAUAACGGUCGUUUAUGGAGAGCAAUAUUGUAAUCCACACUAUUAGAAAGCAAGCAGUGAGCAGCUGUUGCAAAGACUUCCCCAGAGAUCUCACAUUUCCUGCAAAGGAGACUCAGUUUGAUCUGCUGCCUGUUAUAUUCACUCACUGGCUUUAGCAAAUGUCUUCCUCAGCAGAAAAAACUGUAUGUUGCUUUUGCCUUUUAGUAAGAGGAGUUUUUAUAUAAUGUUAUGACAGCAUCUUCAAUGAAAGUAGUAUUGUUUAUCCUCUAAAAUGAUAUUUCUAAGGAUUUCUACUACAGAAAUGGGAAAACGUUAGCCUUUGAUGCCUAUCUGAUUGUUACUCUGUACUUUGUUUUGCCAUAUAGCCAUGUCCUGUCAUAGCGCUCUCAAAAAAUUCUAGUCGAUUAUUUUUAUAAGACUGAACUUAAGAGGAUGCUAUUGUCAUGGAUGCAGUGUUGAAACUGAUCUUCUGUCCUAAAUAUCACAAUUUCUAAAGGUCACUAAAUAAAAUGUAUAUAGUCACAUUAAAUUUCAGAGAGAUAUACGUUGUUAAUAUUCUUUUUGGGAAUGCCUGAGAUAAGAUUAUCUUAACUAAUCCAGUUUACUGCACAUCUCCUCUCAGAAAACACCCUACUUUGUUAUCCUAGCUAUUAAGCUCAGGAGUUUAACCAAGGCUGAAUUAUUCAGCAACCAUCAGCAAGCUUUAGUUUAGGCACCUUCAAUCUGGAAAAAGAUGGAGUGAUUAUGGGUGCAUUUUCCAAGUUGGCCUAUCCUGGUAAAUGUAGACUUGUCAAAAUAUAUCGACCACCAUAAAUGGGCAGAGUCUCUUCUAAAAGUUUGUCUUGCAGGUGAUUUCCUGUAAGGAAAACAAACUUAUUAACCUUGUCUUUACAAUUUUAAAGAUUAGGCUGUGAAACACUGACUGAGGAGUUUAUGCUCUUUGUUUUUGUCUACUUUGUAAUUCUUUGCCUCUUUUUUUCUCAUGUCACCCUGUUUUAAAAUCAUACAUUGCUACUAUAUCACAUAUAUUUCCAUUGUUUAUUUGUGUAAUAACUAAAUAAAAGAUAUAUUUCUACUGGUUGAAAGGUA